AUGAUGGGACCUAAAAGCAAAACAGCAACGCGGAAGGCCGUCGCGGCGACGUCCAGCGCGCGGAAGGCCUUCAAGGAGGCUGCGGCGGACGCGGCAAAGACCGCCGUUGAGACGGUGACAGUGCACGCGGGGGGUAAAACUCCGCGUCGUGGCGUAACUUUUUCCGGGGCGGAGGCCGUAAAGAAGACCGCGUCAGGUGCAUCCGGGUCCGCGACAGCUGCUGCGGCGGCGGCAAAGCGUGCAGUAGUGGGGGGCAUCGUUGCCGCGAAAAAACGCCAAAGAGGAGAGGAAGACGACACGGCCGCUUACAGCGACCCCGACAACGAGGCGGAGGCAGAGGAAUCGGAGGCGGAGUCGGUGGAUUCUGGUAGCAGCAAUGAGGCGAAUCUGAGCGAGCUUGCCGAUAGCGAUAACACAAGUGAGGCAAGUGCGGAAGAGGACUGGGAGAACCCCUUCGAGAAGUCAAAGCGUGAGGGGACGCGGUUGACGUAUGAGGCUCUGCGUCUUCGUUUUCUCCCGCCGGAGUUCCAGGAGCCACAGCUCUUCAAAUUUCUCUCGCAGUUUGGCGCCAAGGUAUUGAACUGCUUCUGCGUGCGGAGCCGACGCACCCAUCAGUCCAAGGGCAUUGCAUACGUGCAAUUUGACUCCCCGGCGGUGCUCCCUACUGUGGUGGAGGAGUGCCACGGCAUGUCACUCGGCGGCCGUGCGGUGCAGGCGCACUCUGUCACGUUGCACCGUGCAAUGCCGUCGAAGGAGAAGGUAGCCCGGCGACGACGGUUGGCGUACGCGCACAAGACAAAAGGUGCAUCUCUCCGCACCCAUGAUCUGCGCCAGAAGAACCCCGUUGCGGCCCUCGUAAAGUACUCCCGCGUGGAGAAGGCGAACAACGAGCAUUUGCAGCGCCUUGGCAUUGACUACGCAUACCACGGCUUUGAGGAGCAGCUGGAGAAGGUUCCCAGCGACCUGAUCAUCCGAAAGAGGCGGCGACCAGCAAAGGAGCCUCAGGGCCCCCACAGCGACGAUAACAAGAACGAUAAGGGUAAGAGCAAGAACGUGGAGUCGACGGUUGUCUCGUCGCCGUUGUCUUCCGUGACAACUGCCAUCCACACGAGGGGGCAGAAGCGAACGAAAAAGUCAGUUAGUGACAACAACACCGCAGUUCCUUCUCCGGGCCCCGUCCUUGCGGCAGCUCAGACGAGGCAACACGCCAAGAAGUCGGCCACCCCUGCCACAAAGAAACGCCGCGUGGGGGCUGCCGCAAGUGCGUGA